AUGCAGCUGUGCUGGUUUACUGGGGGCCACCUCAAGCUUCAGGCCGAGUUCGGGGCUAGAAGCUCGGGGCCGGAGCAGAUCCACGAUACGGCAAUAAUAGUGACUGGUAUUAAUAGUGUAGGGCCAAGAUUCAGAAGCAAGGAGCGGCCCAAGGUUGCAUUUCGGUCUACUUAUCGUAUUCAUGCGAGAAUUACGCCCAUGUCGCACACAUAUAACAGCACCAGGCUAUCAAAGUUUGCAAACGACUGA